CUCUGAAAAAAGAAAAAGAAAAAGAAACAGUCUUCCUAGAAAAUUUUCGUCCUAGUCUAAAAAGAAAAAGUGAGGAGAUAGUCCUUGGCAAGUGCGCCUCGUGAGUGUACAGUAAAAGAGGUUCUGAUUCAGUCCAUUUUCAACCUCACAUUCACAUUGCAGCAGGCACCAAGAAACUAUCUUCUUGAGAGUUGAGAACUCAGAUCUACAAUACAAAAGCACUCGAGGAAGGCAACAUUCAACAGAUGCAGCAAAGCAAGCAGAAUAUGGCUUCUCUGAACUAUGAAGCAGCAGCCAGUUCUUCAUCUUCUUCUCUCCCACUUUCUCCUACUGAUCACCAAAAGCAUUACACAUACGAGGUCUUCCUGAGUUUUCGAGGCGAGGAUACACGCUUUAAUUUUACAGAUCAUUUGUAUACUGCCCUGUGUCAGAGGGGAAUUGAGACCUUCAGAGAUGAUGAUAAGCUUCCAAGAGGAGAAGACGUAUCACAAGAGCUCCUCAAAGCAAUUGAGGAGUCCAGAGUUUCAAUCGUCGUCUUCUCUCAAAACUAUGCUUCCUCAAGGUGGUGCUUAGAUGAACUGGUCAAGAUACUUGACUGCAGAAAAUCCAAAGGACAGAAGUUUAGAGCUGUUUUCUACAAGGUGGCUCCCUCAGAUGUACGACACCAAACAGGUGCUUUCGGUGACGCAUUUGCUAAAAUUGAUCAAUGCAAAUACAAGGAUAGCAUCGGCAAAUGGAGCGAGGCUCUUGAGGAAGCAGCAAAUUUGUCUGGAUGGACUUUCGAGGAGGGCCGGUACGAGACUGAAUUUAUCAAAGAAAUUGUUGAGGAUUUGUUCGCCCAAGUAAUAAACCCUUCAUGUGAGUUGCACGUUGCUGAACGUCCAAUUGGCUUGGGGUCUUGUAGACAAGAGGUCAACAAACUUUUAGAUGCCAAGGAGAAUAACAUGGUUGGCAUAUGGGGGCCUGGUGGAAUAGGAAAAACCACAAUUGUAAAGGAUGUGUUUAAUUCAAUUCGCCAUAAGUUUGAAGGUAGCUGUUUCUUGGCCGAUGUUAGAUCAAAAGGCAUAACCCAUCUGCAAGAGACACUUUUGUCUCAUUUGAGUUUAAUAUCUUUGAAUGUGCACAGUGUUGAUGAAGGACUCAGUUUUAUAAAGAUAAGGAUGCGACAUAAAAAAGUUCUCUUAAUCAUUGAUGACGUGAGUCAUUCUAGCCAAUUACAGAACUUAGUUCCAUCCCCUGAUUGUUUUGGGUCGGGCAGUAAAAUUCUCAUAACAACAAGAGAUAAACGUUGGCUAAUUGCUCAUCAAGUUGAUGAAGUAUACGAGGUCAAGAUGUUAAAUGAUCGUCAUGCUUUGGAGUUGUUUAGCUUGAAUGCAUUCAAAAGAAAUAGACCUCCAAGCGAUUAUCUGGAACUUGCACAACAUGCAGUACGCUAUGCCCAGGGCCUUCCAUUAGCUUUGAUAGUUUUAGGCUCUCAUCUAUUUCGUAGAAGCAGAGAGGAGUGGGAAGCUACAUUAUAUAGUUGUAGGGGAGAAGAUCCCCACAAAGAGAUAAGAGACAUUCUCAAAAUAAGUUAUGAUGCUCUGGGAGUAGAUUUAAAAGGAUAUUUUCUUGAUAUCGCUUGUUUCUUUAAAGGGAAGCUUGUAGACGAUGUGAAACCAAUACUAGAAGCUUGCUACGACCUCAAAUCAGUGAUUGGUAUUAAACAACUCCAAGAAAAGGCCUUAAUAAGAAUUGACGAUGAGAAUAAUUACUUUGGUGAUAGGAUUUGGAUGCAUGACUUGAUAGAAGAAAUGGGUAAAAACAUAGUGUAUCAAGAGUCACCUGAUGAAUCGGGGGAACGCAGCAGACUGUGGAGUAAAGAAGAUGUCAACGAAGUUCUAACAAAUAAUACAGGAACAAAUAAAGUUAGAGGCAUUCAACACCAGUGGCCAUCAUCUAUGAUAUCUUUGAAUGCUAAAAGCUUUUCAGAGAUGAAGAAGCUUAGAUAUAUUUCUAUUAGCGAGUAUAUGAAAUAUGAAUGUUUUUCUGGAGAUAUUGAUUAUCUUUCCAAGCAGUUGAGGUGGCUGGAUUGGCCAAAAUGUCCGUUGCAAUCUUUUCCAUCCGAUUUUCAUGCAAACAGACUUGUAAAUCUCGAUAUUUCUGGGAGUUACAGAAUCACACAACUAUGGGAGGGACGUAAGAAUUUUUCAAGUCUAAUACAUAUGAAUUUAAAUGGUUGUACAUCCCUAAAGGAACUCCCAGACUUCAGUGGAAUCCCUAACUUGAAAGAGUUGGAUCUAUCUGAGUGUACCAGUUUAGUUAAGGUUCCUGAUUCUGUUGGAUUGCUUGAUAAGCUCAUUACCUUGAAUGUUGACUGUUGCUCUAACCUUAUUAUGUUUCCAAGAAAAAUCAACUUGAAAUCUGUAGAAACAAUCUCUAUUAGCUAUUGCAAGCUUGAGGAAUUUUCAGAAGUUGGGGAAGAGAUGGUUUCCUUGAGAAGUUUGAUGCUAAGUCGCACUUACAUUAAAGAAUUGCAUCCGUCCAUUACAAGGCUUAUUAGGCUGGAAGAGUUGGACCUAGAGGGCAUUCAAAAUCUUACAACCCUGCCGUAUGAUAUUUAUGAGUUGCACAAUCUAGUGAGUCUUAACGCGAGUGGAUGCUCAAAACUGGCUACAUUUCCAAAAAUUCCAGUAAAGAUGGAUUUCUUGGGAUGGCUCUCUCUUGAAGGCAGUGACAUAAGAGAAUUGGAUGAGUCAAUUGAAAAUCUCAUUGGGCUUGAAUAUUUGAAUCUUACUGAUUGCAAAAAUCUCACGACUUUACCAUGCAGCAUUUAUGGGUUGCAAAAUUUAGGGGAGCUUCAUCUUGGUGGAUGCUCAAAACUCGCUAGAUUUCCAACAAAUACCAAAAUUUUGAAUGUCGAUGGUUGCUCACUAUCACUUCCCAAGCUAUGGAAGUUAAGUACCGUAGGAUGCAGUUUAUCAGAUUGUGAUUUCCUGAUGACUCUUGAUUGCUGGGAAACAUUAAGGUAUCUUCGGCUGGCAAUGAACAAUUUUGUUAGUCUUCCUGCUUGCCUCACCAAAUUUGUCAACUUACAGUGGCUUGACUUGGAGGGUUGCAAGAGACUCCGAGGAAUUCCGGAGCUUCCACCAAACGUUGAAGUAUCCACCAUGGGUUGUGAAUCACUGCACAGAUCCUCGACCCCUUUACUGGAGGAGAGAUUCUCGACAUUGACAAAUCCGUCAAUUGAAGAGCCAACUCCGUCGUCAUGGCUUUCUCUGUCUUCCGAACCGAUACCGAUUCAUCCAAAACGACAUCGCAGCGCGGAAGAACCAUCACUGGCAUCACUGGCUGAGUCGUCAUGGCUCUCUCUUUCUCUCUCUACGGAACCAACACCAGUGAAUCCUCCGAAACGACAACGCACUGCCGUCGGGGGGCAAGAAUCGAUGGUCCCCAUGUUCCCUGACCUACACUCAACAGCUUCAACACCAAGCAGAGGAACCAACUGACUUGUUAAGGCUUUCUCUGAACUCUUCAGAACCAACAAAACCUGGUGGCCCAGUUAAAGGUGAUCAAGACCAGUGGCUGUCUCUGUCUGUGCUGCCAACACUGCCAUCCACUUCAGAACUCUGAACUCUGAACCAUCCACUUCAGAGUUUAGUCGAGACAGAGAGGUUUGGGUAUGAGGCUGUCUUCAUCUGCUAUUUACUCAUCAAUCUAUGGAAUCAAUGAAGGCAUGGUGCUUUGGAUCUGGUAGGUGCUUGAGAUUGGCUACAUGAUGAUGGGGAAUAAUGGUAUCAAAGCUGCUUUGUAGUCCUCCACAUUGUUCAUCCUCAAUUGAUUCAAUUGUUGUAGCAGAACAUUGGUGGUAUCAGCUAACUAGGAAAUGCAAAUUAAGUGGGGACUGUAGACUUUCCACUCUGAAAGGUUACAUGUUCUGGCCAAGUGGGGUACAUACUGAUAUAUGCUAUGUCUCCAUAGUUGUACUCUUGCCUAUACUCUUUUCCUAGAAGUUCUAGCCUGGCUUUGGCUAAAUAUCUUCCGUCAAGAUGAUGUGGCAGGCAUAUGCUGACUUUCUUGGGGAAGAAGGAAUUGGUUUUCAUUGUUUCUAAGGAUGGUGUUGAUGUUACAGUGAUCAUAUGUGGUUGUUGAUGAGAGUCUUCUAAUUCAUUAAAAAGUAGCGUGAGUCUCUUUAGAGGUUGCUGCAGGAUCAGGCUCUAUCCGAAAAGCGUUUCUAUUCAUCAAGACUGAUCAAUGAGAUGGGGAACUAUAAACUCUCCACUUGAAUGGUUGCAGAUUCGGGCAAAGUUGGGUACAUGCUGAUCUGACUGACUUUGAGACGACUGCAGAAAGCUAGAAGUCAGGCUCAGAGUCUGGUGAUGCAGCAGGCAAAGAGAGAAAAAGACUUUGUCAAUAGACUUUGUCAAGAGGAACCAACUGACUUGUUAAGGCUUUCUCUGUCUUCAGAACCAACAAACCUCGUGGCCCAGUUAAAGGUGAUCAAGACCAGUGGCUGUCUUUGUCUUAGCAACCAACACUACCAUUCACAUCAUUUAGCUAUUUAUUAGUGAGACAGAGAGGUUUGGGUAUGAGCCUGUUUUGAGGCUGUUGCACGCUGUCCUCAUCUGCUAUUUACUCAUCAAUCCGCAUUAACUAUAUUUACAGCUAGAAUAAAAACUGCUCGGACAUCUGCUGCAUUUUUCAUUGCACCUUCCCAAGAUUGCCAUAUACAACCUGCAACAGCUCUUAUCACCGCAAGCAAUCCCCAAGUCUAUAAAGGCUUCCAAUACAAAGAGUUCCUUUCCAACUACCUAAUGAAGGAGGGCAACACCGAAGUUGUACUUGAGCCCUUUAAACUCCAAAUUUAGCUAGCUGUUGAUGAUCAUGGAGUGAACUGUUAAGAGGGCCAAAAAAAAAAAAUCCAAGAUUCUUGUGCAUUUGAAUAAUGUCUUGUUGAUUUAUGUGGCAGAAAAGACGGGACAACUAGUGGAACUUUAAUUGUAGCCAAGCUACAGCUUGUGGUUUCGCAAUGUACGUUUAUCUAUAACUUCAUUAACCUUUACAUAUUCUACAUUCUGCAAGACUUUGUACAAGACCAAGUCGCUCGAAAUAUUAUCUUGACUUGCAAAA